GUGAAUAAGUUACAUUUGUCUCUUCCUGAAAUUUCGUAACGUUUCCGAUGCAAACAUCAUGAAGAGAUUGUCGGAGGAAAACAGCAGGAAAGGAGGCGUAACCAUACUCGUACUGACACACGCCCUCCUGACCUUGCAUCUAGUUCAAGGCUCAGGCGUUUGUAGCGAUUUCUGCAAGAAUGGCGGUACUUGCGUUGUAACGGUCAACGAGACUGGCAAUGAUGUGGCUGCAUGCCAGUGUGCGGCCUCGUUUACGGGCGUUCGAUGUCAGACGGCACUAGACGCGUGUGACGGGCUGCCGUGCGCUGACAACGCUACAUGUCACGGCAACGGGACGAGCUACACAUGUCAGUGCCCUCUAGGAUUCACAGGCACAACAUGGUGUCAGCCAGUACUGGUGUCAGUGUGCGGACGGAUUCACAGGCGACAAGUGUGA